AUGGCCCCCAAUUCGCGAAUUCUGCAAAAAUUUGCAGAUAAAGCAGUCGUUUCCAUCAGUAUAUCACUCCAAGGAAACAGACAGGUAGAAGUGACCAACAAAGAAAUAAUAAAAGGGAUAGAAAAAACACUUGGACGAAGUCAUAAAGGGACGGAGGCCGUAGCACCAGCAGAAUUUCAAGUGUCUACAUAUCGGAUACUAAAUACCGAAGGAAACGCGGAAGAAUUAAGAGUAGAUCUUGACCUAUUAGAUGAACGACAAGAAAUCGCGGCCAUCAGAGAAGCUGCCUUCAAAAAGAAAAUUGAAGGAUACUACAAUAAAAGAGUGAACCCCAUAGCAUUUAAAACAGGAGAUUACGUACUGCGGCUAAAUAGCGCAAGUGAGAAGGAGUACACCGAAAAGUUAGGCCUGAGGUGGGAAGGCCCAUAUCGAGUACAAACAGCUUUCGGAAAUGGGGCAUAUAAGCUAGAGACACUCGAAGGGGCUCCGGUAGAUAGAAACUGA